AUGACUUGUGAGUGGGGGGAGCAGCAAAAGAGACUUUUGAUUGAAGAAAGCAAUGCGUGGUUUGACAGACACGGGAUGGUGCUGCAGCAGCAGCGGCUGCCGCUGCAGCUGCCCCCCAGCUGCAGCAGCUGGGCCGAAGUAGCAGCACAGCUGCAGCAGCACCCUUUCCACCUGAAGCUGCUAAACCACCAGCGGCUGCUGGCCAAGCGCGUCAAGGCCAACUGGAGCUUCUCCGCUUCUGCAACAAACUCCCCCAGCAACCCCCGCAACAGCCACCUGCCCUUCCGGCUGCAGCCGCUGCCGCGUGCUGCUGCUGCUGCGCUGCUGCAGCUGGGCAAAGAAACCCUCAGCAGCGAUUUUGAUGGUUUGCUGCUGACGGUGCAGAGCAAGCGUUUGGCCCCCAAACCCUCGACUGAGAGGCAGAGACCGCUGCCGCGUGCUGCUGCUGCUGCGCUGCUGCAGCUGGGCAAAGAAACCCUCAGCAGCGAUUUUGAUGGUUUGCUGCUGACGGUGCAGAGCAAGCGUUUGGCCCCCAAACCCUCGACUGAGAGGCAGAGAGUCUUGAACACCACGGGAAUCAAAAAAGUGUUUGCGGGAUGCCUCAUUGAGUCUUUGGCCUCCAACGAAAGGCAGCUAAAAGCCCUCUGGGUAAACCCUCGCCUCUCCGCCCGCAGCACGCGGCUGCUGCUGCAGGUGCUGCUGCCUCGUGCUGUAGUGGAGGCUUUUGCAUUGGAGGCUUUUACUUACCUUCCUGCUGCUGCUGCUGCUGCUGCUGCUGCUGCUGCUCCGCAGCAGCAGCAGCAGCAGCAGCAGCAGGCGAGGGUCCAGAGCUUCAAGUCCGUCUUCGUCGACAGAAGGGACCUCGACUUGUGGCCCAGACAGUGCUGGAUGCUGCUGCCAGCAGUCAAAAACGUAAGAGCAGCAGCAGCAGCAGCAGCAGCAGCAGCGCAGCAGCAGCAGCAGCAGCGCAGCAGCAGCAGCAGCAGCGCAGCAGCAGCAGCAGCAGCGCAGCAGCAGCAGCAGCAGGGCGUGUGUCGCUGUUUGCGCGGUCUUUCUCGAGGGAGGGGGCCCCCGGGGGGCCCCCCAGCGCUGCAGCAGCAGCAGCAGCAGCAGCAGCAGCGAAGCGGAGGCAGGGAAAGAGAGGCAGGCCGGGGGCGCAAAGCCCAGCAGCAGCAGCAGCAGCAGCAGAGGAGCGCCGGGGCUGGCGCGAAUUCAUCAGCAGCGGGAAAGACGAAGAACUCGCCAAAGAGGUGA